CGCGCCACCAAUGAGCCAUCGCCAAAGUCUGAGGGCGGAAAAUAACACGGAAGUAACAGAGAAACGAAAAUAAGACACGUCGCUCUGUGGCACUGAAACCCUGAAUGGAGAAGGACGGCGGUGUGGUUGUAGCCACAGAGAGAUACGGCAGCGCAGAGGUCUGGAAGUAUUUAGCCAAAGAUGGAGCGGUCGAGAGGAGGAGAGAUGACACUGAAGGCGACACAAGAAGAGGAAACUCUAUUGUUGGAGUUUUUAAAAGUGUGUUCCUGCCUCAAGGUUUUCCAGAGAGCGUCAGCGGUGACUACCUGCAGUACCAGUUCUGGGACACUUUACAGGCUUUCUCCAGCUCUCUGUCAGGGACUCUGGCCACUCAGGCUUCUCUCAGAGGAGUCGGAGUAGGAAAUCAAGAAGCCACAGUGGCUGCAGCCACAGUUACCUGGUUAUUAAGAGAUGGAACAGGCAUGUUGGGGAGAAUCCUCUUUGCUUGGCAUAAAGGGAGUAAACUCGAUUCUGAGGCCAAAAAAUGGAGGCUUUUUGCUGAUGUUCUCAAUGACUUUGCCAUGUUCAUGGAGAUACUGGCCCCAUACUUUCCUGCUUGCUUCACCGUGAUUGUGUGCGCUGCCGGGAUAUUCAAGUCCAUUGUUGGAGUGGCAGGUGGAGCAACCAGAGCUGCACUGACUGUUCACCAGGCUCGCCGAGACAACAUGGCUGACAUCUCUGCUAAAGAUGGCAGUCAGGAGACUUUAGUGAAUUUGGCUGGACUGCUGGUCAGCUUGGCCAUCAUCCCGCUCGUUACUAAUAAUCCCAUACCGACACUCAGCCUCUUCUUCCUCUUCACCAUCCUCCACCUCUUUGCCAAUUACAAGGCUGUGCGUUCAGUUGUCAUGGAAACCUUCAAUGAGGCGCGCCUUUCAAUCGUGCUGCAGCAAUACCUGAAAGACAAGCGAGUCCUGACUCCGCAAGAGGCCAAUCAAAGAGAGCCUGUUUUCUUUGAGUUUACAAAAAUGAUGCCAGUCAAACUUGGUGUGAGGCUGCAGGAGAUUGUGCAAAGCCCAGAGGAACUUCAGUUGGCCUUAAAGAAAAACAACAUGCCGUUCCUGAUGGGAGUGCGCAAUGGGCGUGUGUGUGUUUGUUUGGGGCCGGAAGCAUCAGUGCAUGAUGAAAUCAGAGCCAUGUGCCAGGCGGCAUGGAUCAGCAGCACGUUGAGCUCUCACACACAACAGGGAAAACAAGGUCACUGGGAAACUGUGCACGAGAGUCACACACUGAUGGACACAAUUUUCAGUCCAUUUCUCAAAGGUGUGGAAGCUGCAGGAUGGGACACAAAACGAACUCUGCUGGACUGGGAUGAAUGGAGGGUCGAGUGGAAAUCCAAAAGCAACUGAGCUGUUAAGCCCCUGCAGCAGAUUCAUUAAUUGAAAUGUAUUCUUGGAUUUUUUUAAAUUUUCUUUAUUUCAAUCUUCAAAUAUACGGUGUGUCUAUAUUUUGUAAUGGGUUUUUUUGUAAUGUUAUUUUGUUAUCAAUGAUUAAUUAAAAAUGAAAAACAUGAGAAUUAAA